AUGUGUUUCAAAGACAACAGCGGAGGGGAUCCUGGCCCUGCUCCUCGACCAGUGGUGACUAGGGGACCUGCCCAGGGUGGUUCUCAGCCUUAUGCUCCGCCUCAUCAAUCGCAGGGACCAGGACGAACCGGAAGAAGUCCCCCAAGCCGAGGAAGUCGUCCGGCUACUGCAGGUCAUGGCGGUCCGUCUUAUAGUGCUCCGAGCGCUAGCAGUCGUCCUCAACGGCCGCAACGAACGGAAAAACUCAUGACAGCGGAAACCCUGGACGAAUAUUUACAAGCACUGCAUCGUGGCUUUGGUGACCUGGAAUAUGGAAUUAUAGGCGGAGCGGCCCUUCUCAAAUACGGAAGCAGGCGCAAAACUUCGGAUGUCGAUGUUAUCAUCCCAGAGUCCAUCUCAGAAGUGGCUGAAUCGCGGCUAUUAGAUACCAAAGUUGGUAUUGUGAGAACAGACCGUGGACACCUUGGUUAUAUGGCUUCUGACGGCCUUUGCUAUGGUCUUGAUAUAACAACCGAUAGAGCCCUUUCACAAUCCUUCCGGUCCGGCACCGAUACAACUCGUUUACCGGGUUCCGAGGCCUUGUUCGUGAAUAUUGUCUUCCUUCUCAACUCAAAAGCAUAUUCCUAUUUGUCAAGGUCAGGGCCAGAUGCAAUGCAGAAGAAAGAUAGUGACGCCCGCGACAUCAUCUUCAUUCUGGGCUACAUGGAGAGCGCUAGCGUGAGGGCGAGUAAGGAACAGUGCAGAUGGGUGAUCGAUUACAACUUUUGGAUGGGUUUUACCCGUGCUUACGACGGCCAGGAGGCAAGGCUGAUGGCAAUCGGUCUGCAACGUGAGCGCACUCCCAGCCAUAGCAAUCGAUCAAGUCUAAGAGCUAGUUCUGAACGUAGGAGAAGCGAUGAAAGCCGAAGAAGCUCUGGAAGCGGGAGGAAUAAUGCCCGUGGCACAUAG